AUGAUGAACAAGAAGCUCGACAGGCUCAAGCAAUGGGCAGGUGAACGAAUGGGAGGCGAGGUGAAAACCGGCGCAUCCGAUGAGUUCAAGAACCUAGAAAUGGAGAUGAAUCUCCGACACGAAGGAAUGGAGAAGCUCCACAAGUCCAUGGGCGUCUACAUCCAAUCGGUUUCCGCAAAGAAAGAGGGUGAGGCCAGGGAGAAGAUGUUGCCUGUGGAUGUGUUGGCCCAGACAAUGAUCACCCAUGGAGAGGAAUUCGAGCAAGAUAGCUUGUUCGGCAAUUGUCUCAUUAAAAUGGGACAGGCGAAUGAGAAGAUUGCCCGGAUACAGGAUGCGUACGUAGCAUCAGCCAGCGAGAGCUGGCUCGAGUCAUUGGAACGAUCGCUGGCCCAGCUCAAGGAAUACCAGGCUGCUCGUAAGAAGCUCGAGUCUCGAAGACUUGCCUAUGACGCAACCUUGUCCAAGAUGCAGAAGCAGAAGCGCGAGGACUUCCGUGUUGAAGAAGAGCUGCGGGCUCAGCGCAUCAAGUACGAGGAGUCCAGCGAAGAUGUUCUCCGCCGGAUGGGCGAUAUUCAGGAAUCUGAGGCCGAGUCAAUGGCAGACUUGGGCGCAUUUCUGGAUGCGGAGCUUGAGUACCAUGAUAGAUGCAGAGACAUCUUGAUGAACGUUAGACGGAGUUGGCCGGCCGGAUCAACCACAAGCAAGGCUAAGCGGACCCGCUCCCGCUCGGAGACGGCCCAUGCUUUCACUGGCAAUGGAACCCGUGAGCGCGAGGAAUCUCCACCACCACCCGUGGCCGAACGUCCGUCCAUUCGAUCCCGUCACAAUGCCGGCUCACCAGAAUCGGAAAGGUCCGGCCAGUACCGUCUCCCGACACCGGACUACCGUGAUGACAGGCUCCCGCAGAAGCCAGUGUUUCAGAGGACAAAUACUGCACCAGUAGGACGCAACUACGAUUCCAUGGGGUCCGAGAGGAUGGGAAGAGCCGGGUCAGACCAAGGGGCACCGCCACCAUUGCCUUCGCAACGUAGCCUGCGACCAGUCAACACGGAGGUGUUCGCUGACAGCACAAACUCUUCGGUCCACAGCUCUCCCGACAGGCACACAUAUGAUGAUCGUUCUUCUUCCCCGGCGAGAUCGAAUACCCCUUCGAUCGGUAGCGCGAAGCUGAGGAGCACCAGUAGCUCAUACACAUCGACUACAAACAGUGUAAGGAAACAGCCACCGCCGCCACCAGUGAGCAGAAGUUUGAAGAAGCCUCCGCCACCGCCACCAGCGAAAAGAUCGGCGUUAGCAAGUGUAAACAACGAAUAA